ACGCAUUAAAAACUUCCCUAUAAAUACAACUCUCCCAAAAACCCUAACCCUAGAAUUUCAACUUCCGCAGCUCCCAAACGAUUAGCAGCUUCUCCGACGACCGGCGACUCAGAAAUCAACCAUGGGUAAGGUUCACGGAUCACUUGCUCGUGCCGGUAAGGUUAGGGGGCAAACACCAAAGGUUGCAAAACAGGAUAAGAAGAAGAAGCCAAGAGGACGUGCACACAAGCGUAUGCAAUACAAUCGCAGAUUUGUCACUGCUGUUGUUGGCUUUGGAAAGAAGAGAGGACCAAACUCUUCCGAGAAGUAGAUGACGACGACUUUAGUUAUUUUAGGUUGAGGAGUUACUGCUUCAAAAGUUUUCAUCUUUGUGAUGUUUAUAAAUUUUGAUUCUCAAACCUCAUAAUGAGAAAAGACUGGUGUUUGUAGGAUGGAUGAUUACAUUCUGUUUUGCAAGAAUUAAUUGAAUUUUAUCCUUUGGUCUUUCUACUGA